GUCUAUUUGUAGCUCCCAGUUUUCUUCACUCCGGAAAAAUUUUUACUGGGGAAUCACUUUCAAUCGUGUGAAGUAAAAUUUUGAAGAAAAAAAAAAUGAAGCGAACUCGUCGACCAACUUCUGCCAACAACAAAGCAUUCGUCUCUGGCGGAGUUUAUAAUCCUAGUGCUAUCGCCAAGCCUUUGAUCCAACAGCCGUUGCAGGCCCAAAAUGUCCAGGAGCAGCAGUCCCCUCCGGUGGCUGCUCAAUCGCCACCGGCUCCUGCCCCAGUUUCGGAACUUGACGCGGCCGCCAUCGCAGCCAAAUUGCCUAUGCCAAUCAUAGUCAAGGAGGAGCCGAACGAGGUCGUUGUCGAGGAAGCGGGUCCCAACGACGAUCUCUCCGUCGACGUUAGCGAUGAGAAUGGCAGCGGCAACGGCACCGGCAUCGGUAUCGGCACCGGCUCUGGCUCUGGCUCUGGCUCCGGCAUCGGGGGCAAGAUCCCCUUCAAGAAGAUCUUUCAGAAGCGCAAGAAGUCGUCUGAACGCACCCGUGACAAGAAGCAGCGCCAGAACCGCCAGCUGCGCAAGUCCAUGCUGCCGAAGAACGCCUUAAUGGCUCUCAACGAAGUGAAAGGUGUGACCAUCAGCGAUUUCACCAUCGAAAGCAAUCCCGACGGAGGGUUUACGGCCGUAGUUACUGUAAACGCGGUCCAGUACGAGGGCAAGGGUCUCUCCAAAAUGUCCGCCAAGAACGCGGCUUGCGAGAAGGCUUGGCGCGACUUUAUCAUUGCCAAGAUGACACCCAAGCCGAACAGGAUGCGUUAUACUGACCCUGAAAAUGGACCAGAGCCCAUGGAAAUCAACGAGGAUGAGGGUGAUGGACCGGAAGAUGAUCUUCCCAUGCUAAAUCUGGCCUCGUUUGCCAUUUACAAGCUGUUUGCAGAGUGGGAGCGCGAGGGCUAUGUCGUGCCAGAAAUGCAUCCAUCGGCCAAUGCUGCUCCGCCGGCCGGAGGGGAAGCUGUACCGGCUGUUCCAGCGGUGCCGAAGGAGCCAAAGAAGCCACCAGUGCGCACCGAGUUGCCCUCAGGCUGGGAGACCAUGCACCCGGCCACUAUUCUAUGCAUUAUGCGUCCGGGACUCAUCUACGUGGACCAAGGGGCCUCUGGCGACAAGCCCAAUGUCAUGCAACAUCUGGGAAUAGUAGUGGACGACCAGGAGUUCACCGCCAGCGGAAGAUCAAAGAAAAUCGCACGCCGCAACGUGGCCAUUGAAGUGUGCAACACUUUGUUUGGAACCAACUUCUCGUAUGGCGACACUUCAUCUUAAGACAUUUAUUGCAAGACACAAUUGCCCCUCUUAACGGCCCCAUCCCCAAAAACUUUGGCCGUAAAGUCAAAUGCGCAACUGUUUUCAGACUUGCUUCUUUACUAUGAUAAAAAUUGGUUGCCGAACGAUGAGUAUUUUACAUUUUGGGUCAGAGUACAUAAUUUAUAACUAUAAGAAGAUUACAUAAAAUAGACUACGUUAUAUGAAUCGGGAUCUAACAAGUAUGUAUUUCCGUUGCAUUCGAAAAGUAACGACACUGUGUUACUAAAUUUGACUUUCAUUUAUUAUCAUUCAUGAAAGUAUACACUAUAGAUUUCGGUGUGCUUAAAAUGUAGAUUGCAAAAUAAUGGUAUCCGUGCAAUUUCAUAAGUCACCAAUAGAAAAAUGACAUCAAUGUGGCGACUUCUACCUUUAUCUCAUUUUCUCUUCUCAAAAAUAAAGUAGAGAAAUGUUAGCAACAA